AGCCUCACCUGGGAGCGCGGAGCGGAGCAGUGCGGCAGCAGAGGAGCGGUGCGGAGCGGAGCGGAGCGAGGUGCGGCAAAAUGUGCGACAAACCGGACCUGUCGGAGGUGGAGAAAUUCGAUAAGAAGAAGCUGAAAAAGACCAACACGGAGGAGAAGAACACGCUGCCCUCCAAGGAGACCAUCGAGCAGGAGAAGGAAUGUGUGAAGUCUUCCUAGAGCGAUGGUCUGGCAGGAGGAGCCGCCGCUCGAUUGGUUUUUGUUGGUGUUUUUUUUCUUUCCUUUGAAUCAAAUCAUCUGUUUUUGUUUAACACUGCCAUCAUGUACACGUCUAGAAAGCAGCCGUAUCGCCUGACCCACUGCCCCGCCUCGCCGGCAGCUUUGGUGAGUGGGGGACGCACUGUGUGGCCCCCCCCCGCCCCUCCCCGGUCCAUCAGCCCAACCCAACCCCAUGGGUGCUGCCCAGCUGGUGGCUGCUGACCGUGCUGACCUUGCUCUGGUGCGUGGGGAGGUGAGCAGGGGCUGCGGAGGCUGCUGGGGGGCAGAGCUCUGCACUGGGGAGUGGGAUCCUUUCUGGCCGCCCCGUGGCCUCGGUGUGUCUCGCAUCCUUUUCACUGAUGGUGUUCUGUAGCCUCACUCACAAUUUGUCUUCCUUGGGGGAAAAAAAAAAAAUAAAUGAGAAGUUUAUUAUAAAAUAAAACAAAAGUAUAACGAC